GCAAGAUUGUCCUGCCCUCUCGUUAUACUGAACUGGAACCUGAACAAAACCGUCAACAGUCAUGGCCGAGAUCUUUAAAAGUGGUACGGUUCGGAGAAGCGAGUGUCUGGUUGCCUUUAUGAUAGUAGGAUCAGCUGAAUUAUGCCAGAAGAUAUCAGAGGGCUUACAUCAAAGUGCAAGGAAAAGGAAGUGGCACAUAUCUAUACAUCAGUGUGAAUCUAUUAGUGAUGUCGUAAAAGCAAAACUAGAUAUCUCGGUGGAUUUUAUCAUUUUUGCAUUUGAUUUAAGAGUUUCGUAUACUCUGUCAGAAAAGAUAACAUAGCCACGGUAGAUGAAUACUACAUAAUUUCGGGUGCAGCUUGCUUAGUAAAUUGCAAUGGAAUAUCUAAUGUUAUGGGAUUG